AUGGGACUGAAACACCUCCAACUGUCCAUUCUUGUUCUCUCUCUGGCAGCCCUCUGCGUUGCUCUGGUCCUGCCUCAUUGGCAUUGUGGCAGUCUCUUUGAGAGGUGCACUCAGGAAGGAGCCUCCAAACGGGAUGUCAUGUUGGCGGUGACCUGUUGCCUGGUGAUCGGAAUCACUAUGCUUGCCGUGGUCUGCAUUAUCGACUUCAUCCACCUCUGCUCUGACACUCGCUCCGGUGUCGAGAGAGGUGUGAGACUGGCUCUCCUUUACAUCGGUUCUCUACUCACCCUUGCAGCGGUCAUCCUCUACACUGUGGAGAUUUCUGGCUCCUGGUCCUACUUCAUCGCCACUUGCGGGUCGAUAUUUGCGGUGCAGCUGUCGCUGAUGGCACUGCUCUACGGGAGGUGCUGCAACAGCUACAGUGCUGGUGUACGGAUUAACGAAUGUCGCUAA